GUUUUCAGGUUUGUUCGCGUCGCAUGUCCCAACAUGCUCCUACUCGCCCCAAUAUACGAGCAGAAAAGUUAAGUUUAUUAAGGAAUAUGUAAUAUUGUAAUAUAUAUGCAUAAAGUAUCUUCUGGAAAUUCAAUUUGAUUCAAUUUAAUAUUCCGAAAUAGAGGAAAAAUGGGUCCACCAAAACGUUUUAAAAAAGACAAUAGUAAAGGCAAAGGUAAACGUAAAGAUGAUUUUGAUGAAUAUCAUGACGAAGAUUCAAUAGAUAGCAAUGAAGCAGAUGGUGUACCAGAUGCUGCAAAAAGUGACAUAGAAAAGCAUGAUGAGACUGCAAUCGAAGAUGAGUUUGGAGCUAAAGAUUAUCGGUCACAAAUGAUUUUAAAGCCAGACAGUACAAGUAGACCAUUGUGGGUGGCACCAAAUGGACAUAUAUUCUUAGAAUCUUUUUCUCCUGUAUAUAAACAUGCCCAUGAUUUUUUGAUAGCUAUAUCAGAACCUGUAUGCCGACCAGAAUAUAUUCACGAGUAUAGGCUUACUCCAUAUUCACUGUACGCUGCAGUCAGUGUAGGGUUACAAACACAAGAUAUAAUAGAAUAUUUACAAAGAUUGAGCAAGACCAGCAUUCCUGAUGGUAUAAUCGAAUUUAUCAAGUUAUGUACAUUAUCUUAUGGAAAAGUCAAACUUGUUUUAAAACGCAAUAAAUAUUUUAUCGAAUCGCCAUUUCCUGAGGUGUUGCAAAGAUUACUAAAAGAUCCAGUAAUUCAAGAAUGUAGAUUGAGAAAAAUUAUGGAAGAUACACAAACUGAUAUUAUUACAAAUGUUCAGCCCAAGUUUAAGACUCCUCAGUUUGGAGCAAAACCACUCGUCAACACUACUGUACCUAAUAAGCCAAAUAUAGAAACUGAAUCUGAUCAGAUAUUAGCAGAAAUAACUGCCAUUCCAGAAGAUAUAACUGCUUUUUAUGACAAAAUGGAUAAAGAGGACGAAGAAGAUGAAGAAGAUCAAGAAUUGAAAACAGUUAGUUUUGAAGUAAAUCAGGAAAAAAUUGAAGUUAUACAAAAACGAUGUAUCGAUCUAGAACAUCCUUUAUUGGCAGAGUACGAUUUUCGCAAUGAUACUAUAAAUCCAGAUAUAAAUAUCGAUUUAAAACCAUCAGCCAUAUUAAGGCCUUAUCAAGAGAAAAGUUUGCGGAAAAUGUUUGGUAAUGGACGAGCUAGAUCUGGAGUUAUAGUCUUACCUUGCGGCGCAGGUAAAAGUUUAGUCGGAGUUACAGCUUGUUGCACAGUACGCAAACGCGCCAUAGUAUUAUGUAACUCCGGCGUGUCUGUGGAACAGUGGAAACAGCAAUUUAAAAUGUGGUCUACCGCUGAUGAUUCAAUGAUUUGUCGAUUUACUAGCGAAGCAAAGGAUAAACCUAUGGGUUGCGGUAUAUUGAUAACCACGUAUUCCAUGAUCACGCACACUCAGAAACGUUCGUGGGAAGCUGAGCAAACAAUGCGCUGGUUGCAAGAACAGGAAUGGGGUAUUAUGGUUUUGGAUGAGGUGCACACUAUUCCCGCAAAAAUGUUUCGUAGAGUGUUGACCAUUGUUCAGUGUCACUGCAAGUUGGGUUUAACAGCGACCCUCUUGCGAGAAGAUGACAAAAUUGCUGAUUUAAACUUUUUAAUCGGUCCUAAAUUAUACGAAGCCAACUGGUUAGAAUUGCAAAAUAGAGGAUUUAUCGCAAGAGUGCAGUGCGCAGAAGUUUGGUGUCCUAUGACGCCGGAAUUUUACAGAGAAUAUCUCAGCUGCAAAAUGAGCAGAAAACUGUUGUUGUAUGUGAUGAACCCAAACAAGUUUCGUUGUUGUCAGUAUUUAAUUCGGUAUCACGAACGGCGCGGAGAUAAAACAAUUGUUUUUUCAGACAAUGUGUUUGCACUGAAACAUUACGCUAUUAAAAUGAAUAAACCUUAUAUUUAUGGCCCUACUAGUCAAAGCGAAAGAAUACAGAUUUUGCAAAAUUUUAAAUUUAAUAUGAAAGUAAACACGAUAUUUGUGAGCAAAGUAGCAGAUACUUCUUUUGAUUUACCAGAAGCGAAUGUUUUAAUCCAAAUUUCGUCGCAUGGUGGAUCUAGAAGGCAAGAAGCACAACGAUUAGGACGUAUUCUUAGAGCUAAAAAAGGAGCAAUUGCUGAAGAGUAUAAUGCGUUCUUUUAUACACUCGUAUCGCAAGAUACGAUGGAAAUGAAUUAUUCUCGGAAGCGUCAAAGGUUUCUUAUAAAUCAGGGAUACGCAUAUAAAGUUAUCACAAAACUCGCUGGUAUGGAUGAGGAGCCGGAUCUAAUGUAUUCGAGCCGAGAAGAACAAGGUCAGUUACUACAACAAGUUUUAACAGCCAGCGACACAGACGCAGACGAGGAAAGAAUUCCUGGCGAAGGACCAAGACCAAUUAUACGUAAAACUGGUACCAUGACAUCGAUGUCAGGAGCGGAUGAUGCUAUUUAUUACGAGUAUAAAAAAGCUAGCUCAUCGACGGCGAAUAAACAUCCCCUCUUCAAAAAAUUUAGAACAUAAAAAAUACAUGUAUAAG